AUGCAAAUUUACAAGAAUGAAGUGAAACUAUUAGAUGAUUUCAAAAAAUAUGUUAAUAGGAAAGGUAAAAAGAAACAAGUUAAAAACAAUUUCAAAAGCAAAAAACAAUCAAAAAAGAAAAUUGAUAGGAAAGAUAAACAAGAAAAAAACAAUUUCAAAAGUGAAAAAACAGAGAAUGAAAUUAUUUCUGAGAUUAUAACUUCGAUUGAUUCUCGAUUACAAAUAUUUGAUGAAUAUGAACUCCAAUCUCCCAAGUAUAGUCCUGAAUCUCCUAUAUAUAUUCCACAAUCACCAUCUACUCAGUCUAAGACCAAGUAA